AUGGACGCAGUAAAGGAUUAUUUAACGCCGAAGACAUUCAGUAUUUGGGCAUACGCAUGGUCGAUCAUUCACUGUCUUUGUGGCGCGGUAUUUACAGGUAUUGUUAUUGCUUUGAAAGAGGGAGAAGCUGGGAAAUUUACUUGUUAUGUCGCGCCUGAAAGUACACUGAUAUACAAGACACAAGUCGACAAAGCAUGUUAUUCAAAAUAUCAACAGAAUUACAAUUCCCCACUACCAUUUUAUGUCUUUGUCAUUCUGAGUAUUUGGUUCCCGAUUGUUGUCGCUGUUAUCUAUUCACUCUGCGUCCGACGUCGUGUUGAGGAAAUCGACUCUAGUAAUGAACCGCAAACUCAAGGCGAAGCAGACAACCAGGUACAGAACAGAACUUUGUAUGUCUAUUAUUUCUAUUUUUUCCACCUUGCUAUCCGUGUCCUAUCUGGAAUACUGUUUACUAUCCUACAGUAUACAGUGUUAUUUCCAAGUGGUUUCGAUUUCAAGUUUAGCUGUAAUCAACUGCCAACAGGGUUUACGACCAAGAUAGCAAAGAAUGCGAGUGCCAGUCAGUUGAAUGGUAAAUUUAUUACUUGUGAGAAUUCGAGUGCAUCUGAUAAACAGUUGUGGUCGACCAUGGUAUCUGUAUUAAACACGAUUUUUGCCUUAAUAAUAUUUGUGGAAGUGAUUCGUCUUUGCCGACGAUUUCCAAAUUGUAAGUAUAUAGUCGGUUGGAGCUGUGAUACCAAAUUCAUAACAGUUUAUCUGUUACGAAAACCGAAUACGUUUGUAGAUUAUGACGAUGUUGAACUUGAAUUAAUGAACCGGGAGGAAUGUACAGAUUUUUACCAAAGACAGGUUUUAGAACGUUCUCGUACAACUGACGUAAUUUAUGGACCGAAAACUGCUUUAGAUGAUUUGUAUAUUAAUCUUGUUAUUCAUACAGAACGAGCUCCACACGAAUUUUCGGAAAACCUGGAACGCCAUGAGAUAUUCGAUGUCUAUAUGGAAGUUCCUAAACACUCUAUUCGUCUGAAGGAGGCAAAAGAUUUAUUUUAUCCUGAAGAAGAUACAAGCGGAAGUUUUCCUCGCAAUAUUCUAGUGGUUGGUCGUCCUGGAAUAGGAAAAACUGUCUUGACUGAAAAGAUUAUGCGUGAUUGGGCUAAUGGAAUUGAUAAAUUUUAUCGUGGCAAAAUUGCCUUCUACUUUAAAUUUAGGUGGUUCAAUUCAAACGAACUGAAAGACAUGACUCUUAAGACUUUUCUUCGUUGUGGAACAGAACUGAGCGAUGAAGAAUUUGAAAAAAUUUAUGAGGAUACAAUAAAACGCCCUGAAAAAAUCGUUCUUAUUUUCGAUGGUUUGGAUGAAUUUAAUGGCAACAUCGACUGCUUAGACCACUUACCGCCUCCAAACGAUCCUAAUAUUUGCAUGUUUGGGAUUUCAUUGUUUAUGAAACUUAUUUCUGGCCGCUUAUUAUCAGGAGCAACAGUUCUAGUAACGAGUAGGCCAACUGCGAAUGAGUUUUACUCCAGGUUUGCUUUUGAUAGAACUGUCGAGAUUAUUGGUUUCACUUCAGAUAAAGUUGAAGAGUAUGUGAGCAAAUUCUGUGAGAAUCAUAAAAGAAAGGAUUUAAAUCCAAUUAUAUGGAACCACAUAAGAUCCUCCUCGGACUUGUUCAAUCUAUGUUACAUUCCUGUAAAUAGCUUCAUCGUAUCUACAGUCCUGUUUGGGUGUCUUAGUGAUCCUAGAAUUGAUACCACUACUACCGGUGCUCUACCAACAACACUGACUGAACUUUACGAUGCAGCUAUAACCCAUUUUGAUAAACAUCACUACAGAAAAUUACACGGACAAUCUUCUGAGAUAGCAAUGAAGAAACUUCAAUUAUUGGCAUACAAUGGAAUUGUACAUGGACAAUUGGUUUUCAAUAACGGACUAUUUGAUACACAAAUGAACAGAUCAGGUCUAUUGAACAGUUUAACCAACCCCAUUUUCCCAAUUCAAACACAAUAUUGUUUCAUUCAUUUAACUAUACAAGAAUUUCUUGCUGCAAGGCACGUGAUUGAAACGUUUGCUCCUGAAGAAAUAAAGAAGUUUAUUACCUCUCAUAUUGCAAGUGGUAAAUGGCAUUUAGUGCUCCAGUUUAUUGCUGGUCUUUUGGGCAAGAAAUUAAAGAUGUUUAACAGAAAUGACUACGAGGAUUGUGUUUUGGCGUUUAUCAUUAUGUUGACUGUCGGUAAUGCUAAACUUGACCUUAACAGUUCAGUGUUUGUAAUAAAAUGUUUGAGGGAAGCGGAUGAUGAGGACGUUGUUAAAAAAGCUUGCGAAACAACUGCUAUGAAUGAUGUCGUGAGUCUAAUAUACGCUCCGCCGGAUAAUGCACUAACCGGCUUUACCCCAAGUGACUGGGCAGCAGUGACUUUCGUUUGCAAACACAUGAAACAAUUAUCGGCAUUAGAUCUGGAUCUAUCUCAAUCAAGUGAAAAAUGUCAUCUUGAAGUUAUGAAAUUGCUACAGCAAAGAUGCAUAAAAGAACUGACGUUGAUAGUCAAAGGAUUUGGCGGUAGUUACUUGGCGGUGAAUCAUGUAUUUGUAACAUUCAUGAACUCAAGGUGUAUUCUGAAUCACGAGCACAGUAAGUUGACCAAGUUACAACUUCAAUAUUGUCACGUAACUGACGAAUGUUUAUCCACCAUGUGCGAGUUUUUUACGAGUGGACAUGCAAGAUAUCUUCGUGUACUAGACCUAACGAGUGAUGAAAUAACUGCUCGUGGGGUAUCCAAACUUUGUGAAGUCCUUGACAAUGAACUUUGUCCAAAGCUUACAAUGCUGGAUCUUGGCUUUAAUGGCAUCCUUGAUGAGGGUGUAAAAGUGUUGUGUAACGCUCUUAUUGAACACAAGCUAGUUACGCUUACUCAGCUGUAUCUUUUGUGUUGCUCACUAACUGAUGAAUGUAUACCUUCCUUGUGUGACCUGCUUACAGAUGAACGUUGCAAGCUGACCCAUUUGUCACUCUCAGGUAACAAAGGUAUAAGUAAUGAAGGUUUACGUAUGCUGUGUGAGUUUGCUUUAAGAAAAGAGCGUUGUAAACUUGUUAUGUUGGACCUGGCUGGGUGUUCAGCAACAGAUCAAUGUAUACCCGAUUUGCGUAAUACAUUACAAGAUGAACAUUGUAUGCUUAAAGAAUUGAGGUUCAGUCCAAAGAGGUUCACCCAGAAAGGCAGAAAAGACCUUCUUGAAAUACCAAUAUAUAAAGUUUGUAAAGCUAGGGGUUUAACAAUUAGAUUUGGUACUAGUAAGCUCUAGCAAAUUAACACAAUGAAAGUUUGUUGCGUGUUCCAACUAUUCUUUAACUAAAAUGCAUGAUAGCGUUUGAAAAGUAUUAAGAACAAACAGGUGGGAAAUUUGUCGUCGCUGACCAAAAUAUCGCGGGCAGAAACAGAACUCCAUUGCAUUUACAUUCAAAACAAAGCAGAAAGUUGGCAAGAAGCUGUUUUAGCUGACUAUUUUUUGCUUUUUAUUCGAACGAUUUACAAAUUAACGGUUAUUCUUUUAAAAAUCCAUCAUGAAUUCCUUGUUUUGGGAUGAUAUUUUUUGUAAUCGAGUGAUUGUAAGAAGUGGAUAUGGCGACGUGAACAUGGGAGCACUGAAAUACCGUAUUUGUCGAGGAAGAGAUUAUUUCGCUGGCCUCAGAGUGACAAAACGUAACAAAGCAACGGUUUUACUAACACUAACCCUACUCUAAACACCAAUUCUAACCCUAACCCUUGAUAGCGCAUCUCGUUUAGUAAAAUUGAAGCCAAGAAUAUUCCAGCGAUUACCCCCAUUUGAAUAGAUGGCGGCCAUGUUGGUAGUUCCCACUCGCUAAUAAACACUUAAAAAACAAAACAACAAUAACUUUCAUCAUUUGAAUAGUUUAAAAAUGUAUUUGGAAUAGGUUUAACUUAAUGUUUAAGUUCCUUGUUUAAGAAAGAGAAAGCAUACGAAUCUUCUCAUUUCAUGGGAAUAUCCUGAGUCUGCAAUCACGGCAUCAAUUUUUGAAUUGCAGAAUAAUUAGAUGCACUAUCUAUAGUGUAUAUAAGAUAUCUAUGGGAUGGUCAGAUCAAUGGCACACAAUAUCUACAAAACUAAACUUAUGUUUACCUUUUACUCAAACCGAUAUUCUCCCACAACACAAAUUGUUUUUGUGUGGAUAUUCUGUGGUUAAACCGAACAGUGUGCUAUAAAAUAGGGGCUCACAAUGUUUUGGCUAAGUGUUUGAGACCCAGUUGCUUCGCACGUGUUCUGGUCAAAUUUUUGCCAAGAAUCAAAGGCCGAAAGGUGAACUUCCUUAAUGAAAACCGCCUCAUGAGGGAUCUAGUUUGAAAUUUAGCUCUUUUAAUAAUUCCGAUUUCAUGAACACAUUUUGUUAUACGUUAAAUAUUUUUGUACUUGAUAAGAUUCAAAAUUUGUUGUAUAUUCAAACCCGGCUUCAGUAUAAUUUUGGUGAUGACCGAAAAAGAAAUGAAGAUAUUUUAAAAACUGGCCGUGGCCUCACGAUAAAACUUUCUAAAAAUGUUCUGUGUUUCAUGUGUUUAUAUUUGAUAUCUUAGGUAUAAGCGUAAAAAUAGGGGCUUGUACAGUUUACGAGGUUAUAAAAUGCAUGACUUGUCUCUUUUUUCAUGUAAACAUUCGAAAUUAUUUCGACAGCAAAGUUUCGGAUCCAAUGCACACUGAAAUAGAACGUCACUAAAAAAUUCUGUAUGAUUAAUUUAGAUCCUGUCCAUUUUCAACAUAGUUGCGUGAAUGCCGUCAUGUUAGUUUGAUCCGGGCUUUACUCAAAACUUUGGGUCAUUGUGGGUGCAUUAUUUUACUGACAUUUUUUACUCAAAAUUUUUUGCAGUGCACCCUAGCAUGACCGAUCACUAUUGGUUCCUAAAUGUAAAUUAAGUUAAUAAAAGUAAAUUUAAAUAAAUCGCUAGAAUUCUAACUUGAAAGAUUAUUUGAGUUACAUGUAGCUGGGAACUGCUUCUAGUUAACAUUCUCUUAGCGAUCCUGUAUCGUGAAAAUAGAGCAAACUGGGGCUUCGGUGGCGAAGUGGUUAGCGCACUUGCAUUUCACCUCUGAGGCCGCAGGUUCAAGCCUCAGUGAGAACUUUCUCAAUGCGACUCGAACCCAGUCCUCAUGCGAAAAGAUUAAAAAGUCAACGCUCUGCCGAAAGUCGUCGGUUUUCUCCGGGUACUCCGGUUUUCUCCCACAGGGAAAGUUGACAGGGUGGGUUAGGCAAAAGGGCCCACAGUAAUUGACAUAUGCCGCUGUGGUGACCCUGCCCUAGUUGGCAAAAUAAGUUGCCAAAUAAGUUGCCUUGAUUAAUUCAAUCAUCGAGUUGAACUUCCAGCUGAAGGCAUACCAUUUGAUGUUGCCGUGACUCAAAUUAACUCCAAAAGUGUUGUGUUCCUCCAAAGAGAAAUUCCGUCUGAAGACAGUCCCAGAUUAGCUGUUGGUCAUGAUCCUACCCAUAUCAUUGCUUGCGAUCACUUACACCAAAUGCUGGACAUGUCGAACAAAAUCAACUUGGAGAAUUACUUCAAUGGGAAGCCAAAUGUGAGCGACGUUUGGAGUAAUAUGUUGUGCUGUGGGAGAUACACAGAAGACGAUUUAUGGUACCGCGCACAGGUUAUCGAAGUGGUUACAAAUGACCCGUUGCAAGCCCGUGUGCUUUAUGUUGAUUAUGGAACGUCUGAAGUGAUUGGAUUGGAGAGGAUGAAGGCAUUUGCGGCAGAGUUAGCGUCACUGCCCAAACAAGCAUUUCAAUGCACUGUGAUCGGACUGAAUGAGGAGAAUGGUGAUUUUGAUGAUGAUAUUGAUUCUUUGGCGAAUGCAGUGACUGACAAAAAACUUAUCUGCAAAGUUGUGAGUUUUGGACCACCAAUUCUUGUCGAGCUGUAUGAAAGAGUGUUUAAUGAAGAGUCUUAUGAAGAUGUUCCAAUAAGCCAAAGAGUGUCAGAACUUGAUGUUAUGGCUGAUGAAUUUGAAAAUGAUGCGGAUGAGGAUACUACGAGUAGCGAAUAAUUAAGUGAAAAGGAGGAAACGGUUGCAGCGAAAGAAGAAAAUGAGCAG